AUGAACAGAUUAUAUAUCUUUGAUGCGUAUAAUUUACUGAGUGAAGUGCAGAGCGCAGAGUUGCAGCGCAGGGGUAGCGUUGGCCGCGAGUUCGUUCGUCAGUACUACACCUUGCUCAAUAAGGCGCCGGCCCACUUGCACAGGUUCUACAACAAUUACUCGUCGUUCGUCCAUGGCGGUCUGGACGCACCCAACCGAGAGACGCUGCCUGUUGUGGGCCAGAAGCAGAUCCACAACCGCAUUCAGCAGCUCAACUUCCGAGACUGUCACGCCAAGAUUAGUCAGGUGGACGCGCAAGCGACCCUCGGCAACGGCGUGGUGGUGCAGGUGACGGGCGAGCUGUCGAACGGUGGUGCCCCGAUGCGCCGCUUCACGCAGACCUUCGUGUUGGCCGCGCAGUCACCCAAGAAGUACUACGUCCACAACGACAUCUUCCGCUACCAGGACAUAGUGUUCUCGGACGAGGAGGGCGAGGGUAGCGGGAGAUCGGAAGGAGAAGAUGAGGAGGUAAACUCGGGCGGGUACUUCCCGGGUCCGGGUGCUUUCCCCCCGGCCCCGUUCCCGGCGCCGCCCCAGCCACCGCACGCGCCUCUGUUGUCGCCCCCGCACGCGCAGCCCAUGCCGCAGGCGGUGCCCGCCCCCGCGCCUGCGCAAGCCCCCGUCGGGCACCUCAAUGGACACCCGCAGCACGAGGACGCGACGAGGCAUCUCGUGUCCGCUCUGCAAGGCGCGACGGUGUCCGGCGGGCCUCAAGCUCCGGAGGAGAGUGUUGAAGCGGCCGCGGAGCCUCAGCCGCAGCCUGAGCCCGAGCCCGAGAGGGAACCUUCGCCGCCGCCACCCGUGUCCCACGCCGCUCCGGAGCCGAAGACUUACGCGAAUCUCUUGAAGUCGGGCAGCGGCACGCGCACGUCACCCCCGGCCGGCGCCCCUGCGCCCGCCGCCCCUCCACUCGCCCACCACCACGUGCCCUCCAACCAGCAGCCGCAAGAGCAGCGCACUAGGCCCCCACGCUCGCAUCCACCCACAGGAGUCGGCGCGGAGUCGCGCGACAGCCGCGAGCGAGAGGUUCGCGACGGGCGAGAGACGCGCGAGGGACGCGAGGCGCGGCGCUACUCGGACUCGCAGCAGCUGUUCCUGGGAAACCUGCCGCACUCGGCCACCGAGGAAGAGCUGCGGGCGCUGUUCGCCCGCUUCGGGCCCGUGGCCGAGCUGCGCGUGCACGGGAAGCCCGCGGCGCCCGGCGCGCCCCGCCACCCCAACUACGGCUUCAUCACGUACGAGACGGCGCAGGCGGCGGCCGAGUGUCUCGCCGCGGCGCCGCUCUUCUACCCGCCCGAGGGCGGCGACGGCAUCGAGCGCGUCAAACUCAACGUCGAGGAAAAGAAGACCCGCGGCCGCGACCAGCCCCGCCGCCGCCCGCUAUCCUCGCACCGCACCUUCCAGCGGCAGCCCUACCGACUGAAACGAGAGCGGGCCAGGCCGUCGAGCGAACCGCGGGUCCGUUCCGAGAUUCUACUCCGUUCGCUUAAGUCGCGCGAGCCCGCGCUCCGAAUGCAGCUCAAACCGAAUGGAAGUCCGGACGAGGCCACCCGGCGGGCCGGACGGACUCGGCUUCGGUACAUCAUCUACGGGAUCGCAAUGAAAGGCAGUCUUCUCUUGUUGACGUUAUUGGUCGCAGCGAUCUGCUCGACCGAGGCUGUGCGACGCCGCCAUCGGCGCUUGCGCACGACCAGCACCACGGAGCCGGCGAUGCUGGCCGCGGCGCGCCUCUUUCCUCCCGCGCUGCACGCCGACGAUGCCGAGGCGGAACGCAUCGAACUGGCCAUGGCCGAGAAACUCGACGAGAGACGCUUCCAAGAAUCUGAGAAAGCGCGGGUCAACGAAAUCUUGAACGGAGAUUCCGAAGAAGACGCCGGGAACGAGGUGUUCAUGGACGACCCUUGCCUGAAGGUGCACUGCAGCGCGGGUCGCGUUUGCGAGAUCGACGAGCACGGCGACGCGGUGUGCAACUGCAUCAAAGAGUGCCCUUACGAGACCGACUCCAGGAGAAAGGUGUGCACCCAGAACAACGAAACUUGGUCGUCCGACUGCGAGGUGUACCGGCAGCGGUGCCUGUGCCUCGACAACUCGGAGCUGUGCCGCGGGCCCGAGUACCACCACGUCCAGAUCGAGUACUACGGAGCGUGUCGCGAGAUGCCCGACUGCACCGACAGCGAGAUGGCCGACUUCCCGCGGCGCAUGCGCGACUGGCUCUUCAACAUCAUGCGCGAUAUGGCCGAGCGCCGCGAGCUCACGCCGCACUACCUGCGUAUGGAGCGCGAGGCCGAGUCCAACCUUACGCGCCGCUGGACGAACGCGGCCAUUUGGAAGUGGUGCGACCUCGACACUCACGACAACGACAGAUUCGUGUCCCGCCACGAGUUGUUUCCCAUCCGCGCGCCCCUGAUGGCGCUGGAGCAUUGCAUCGCGCCGUUCCUCGACCUCUGCGACGAGGACAACGACCACCGCAUCACGCUCGCCGAGUGGGGCAAAUGUCUACAACUUGACGAGUACGAGCUAGAGGAUCGCUGCGACGAACUGUCGGAUGACGCACUCUAA